GGAGCUUGAAAAGUAUGAACUUGUGUGUGAAGACGCAGACAGACAGAAGUUGAAGCACUAGAAUACUAAACGGAGGUUGGAAAAGCUCACGACUACCGAUGGUCUCUUUAGGACCGGAGAUGGUUUGCUAUCAACUGGUCAAAUAAUAGGUUUGGACCGAGCUUGGGCAUGAAAGACUCCUCUUCUCGCAUCUUCGGACUGCGGUGCAAUUCAACUUGAACCUGUGCAGUUUUCCCCCUCCUAACCUGUAUAAAUUAUACUCUAUUAAUAGAAGCGUAAAAAGUGGAGAGUUUACCGACUGAACGAAAGAAGAUACAAGUUGCCAUAAAAUGUUGUCAUUAUUCUUCUUGAUUCUGUACAUUCCUGCUGUUAUGUCCUCAUCGUCACAGAUGGCAGGGAUCUUACCCCAGGACCCAGCCCUGCCCAUCGGCUCCACCCUCACUGCCACAUGUUCAGUCAGCCCUGAUCUGGGCCUCCACGCCAGCUCUCUGUUCUGGAGCCUGAAUGGCCGCCGGCUGCCCAGCUCUUCUUACAGCGUGUUGAGCCCUACGGCCCUCAGUGUCACCCUGCCGGGCCUGCCAGCCUCUAGGCAGAGGUCAGGGGACAACCUGGUGUGUCACAACCAUGGAGGACAUGUUCUGGCCGGGUCCUGUCUCUACAUUGGGAUGCCUCCAGUGAAGCCAGUCAACUUGACCUGCUGGUCCAGAAACACUAAAGACCUGACCUGUCGAUGGGCACCAGGAGGACAGGGAGAGACCUUCAUCAAGACCAAAUACACACUCAAAUACAAACUCAG